AUGGCACUCUCAGGCCGAGCAGCGACGAGGGUCUGGAGAGCUUCGAGACUCUCCCAAACCACGCCAGUAUGGAGCAAUGCCACUCGUGCGUACUCCAGCUCCUCAGAGCCGGAUCUCAAGGCGACCCUCAAAGAAGUGAUCCCGGAGAAGCGAGAGCUGCUCAAGCAGGUCAAGGCCAAGUCGAGCACCAACAUUGGCGAGGUGAAGAUUGAGAAUACUCUCGGCGGCAUGCGUGGGCUCAAAGCUAUGGUGUGGGAAGGCUCGGUCCUUGACGCCGACGAGGGCAUCCGGUUUCACGGCCGUACAAUCAAGGACUGCCAGAAAGAGCUUCCAAAGGGCACCAGUGGGACGGAGAUGCUGCCGGAGAGCAUGUUCUGGCUCCUGUUGACGGGCCAAGUACCGAGCGUCAACCAGGUGCGAGGUCUGAGCAGGGAAUGGGCGGAGAAGGCACAGCUGCCGGCUUUUGUGAACAAGAUGCUGGACGACUUUCCCACAGACCUCCACCCCAUGACCCAAUUCUCAUGCGCGGUGAGCGCUCUCAACUACGAGAGUGUGUUUGCGAAGGCAUACGCCGAGGGUAUGAACAAGGCCGACUACUGGGAGCCUGUGUUCGACGACUGCAUGUCGCUUCUGGCCAAGCUCCCAACCAUCGCAGCAAAGAUCUACCAGAAUGCUUACCGAGGAGGCGGCGCCCUGCCUGCUGAGGUCGACAUGAACCAGGACUGGAGCUACAACUUUGCGGCUAUGCUUGGUAUGGGUGGCAAGCAGAACGAGAACUUCCAGGAUCUCCUCCGCUUGUACCUCGCACUGCAUGGUGACCACGAGGGCGGCAACGUCUCUGCUCACGCAACGCAUCUCGUCGGAUCGGCACUCUCGGAUCCCUUCCUCUCAUACUCGGCUGGUCUGCAGGGUCUGGCGGGGCCUCUACACGGCUUAGCAGCCCAGGAAGUCCUGCGAUUCAUUCUGCAGAUGCAAGAGGCUGUGGGCAAGAACUUCUCGGAAGAGGGCGUCAAGGACUACCUCUGGACGACGCUCAAAUCCGGCCGUGUCAUUCCCGGCUACGGCCACGCUGUCCUGCGCAAGCCUGACCCUCGAUUCGAGGCGCUCAUGGACUUCGCGACGACUCGGAAGGAGAUUAUGGAGGAUCCAGUCUUCCAGCUCGUCAAGAAGAACAGCGAAGUUGCGCCUGGUGUGCUGUUGGAGCACGGCAAGACCAAGAACCCCUACCCGAACGUCGACUCGUCAUCUGGUGUUCUGUUCUACCACUACGGAUUCAAGGAGACGCUCUAUUACACCGCCACCUUUGGUGUGAGCAGAGGUCUCGGCCCGCUCGCGCAGUUGAUCUGGGAUCGGGCGCUGGGGCUGCCUAUUGAGAGGCCGAAGAGCAUUGAUCUCAAGGGCUUGCUGAAGGCCGCGCAGUAG